AUGGAAAGAGGGAGAGGAGGAGGAGGAGGAGGAGGAGGAAGGAACCUGGGAGGCUCUGGCCUGCACAGGAACAUUUAUUCCCAGUCCCAGCAGCAGUACCACUACCCGGCCUCCUCCCAGGGGAGCUGCAUGGAGAUCCAGGAGCUGGCGUCCAAGAGGGUGGACAUCCAAAAGAAGCGGUUUUAUCUGGAUGUGAAACAGAGCUCCCGUGGCCGCUUCCUGAAGAUCGCCGAGGUCUGGAUAGGAAGGGGCAGGCAGGACAACAUCAGGAAGAGCAAGCUGACCCUCUCCCUGUCGGUGGCCGCUGAACUGAAGGACUGCCUGGGGGACUUCAUCGAGCACUACGCCCACCUGGGCCUGAAGGGCAGCCAUGGGCACCGGCACGAGCACAGCAACGACAAGGAGCAGCAUCCCCGGAGGCGGCCGCAGCACCCGCCGCCCUCGCCCCCGGCCUCCGUGGGCUCUGAAGAGCCUCCUCACAGCGUCCUCAAAACGGAGUACAUCGAGAGGGACAACAGGAAGUACUACCUGGACCUGAAGGAGAACCAGCGCGGGCGCUUCCUGCGGAUUAGGCAGACCAUGAGCAGGGGACCUGGCAUGAUGGGCUACUUCGGCCACGGCUUGGGACAGGAGCAGACGAUCGUCCUGCCAGCGCAAGGCAUGAUCGAGUUCAGGGAUGCUUUGGUGCAGCUGAUUGAAGAGUAUGGCGAGGGGGACAUAGAGGAUCGCCGUGGGGGAGGUGAGGAGCCCCCGGAGCUGCCCGAGGGCACUUCCUUCCGAGUGGACAACAAACGCUUCUACUUCGACGUGGGAUCCAACAGGUACGGCAUCUUCCUGAAGGUAAGUGAGGUGAGGCCGCCCUACCGUAACACCAUCACAGUUCCCUACAAAGCGUGGACACGGUUCGGGGAAAAUUUUAUCAAGUACGAAGAAGAGAUGAGGAGAAUUUACAACAGCCAUAAAGAGAAAAGAAUGGAUGCCAGAGGGGACAGUGGUGAAGAGCAAGAGGGUCUGGAAUAGAGUGCAUUGGACGAUUAACCAAACAAAGCAAGCAGAAAUUGGUGAGAGGGACUGACCUAUAGUAAUUCCAAGUUGCCCCAGUUUUUUGUAAAGUCCUUUUCUGGUAGUUCUUGCUAACUCCAGUACAUAAUGUUAUAGGAGUCUGGUUAUCAUGUUAAACUAUGCCCAAAACAUCUCCGUGUGUCUUAGAAAAGGACCAACCUCCUGAGUCCGUAUGAGUCAGCUGCUUCAAGUGUUGGAGACUGUGGAAGUACGAGUAUCAGCACAAACAAAAUCCGGCACCCUGACCUUUAAAUAGUCUAGAAAAGGCUUGUGUUGCACUUAAACACGAUACAAAAGUACCCCUGCCCUGAACCUUACCAUGAAAUGUAUCAGUUUCUGCUUAUCACCAGUUUUUCAGGACUGGCUUCUGCCCGUGCCCGGUCCGAAGGCCGAGCAGCACUGUCAUAGAGCAUUUAUGGCAAAAAUCAGCUCCACGUGAAUCUCUGGUCUGUGUGUGAGGAGGGAGAGAGGUUUAAAAGUUGACAUCUCCUGGUUGUUGAGUUGGAAACGAUAGUCUGUUUAUGGGUAAAGUCCUGAUAACCCAUCAGACCUCAGUCAUGUGCUGGUGAAGGGUGGAAGAGCUGUCGUUCAUCCCGUAGUUUUGUGCUGACCAGAUCACCUGAGUACCCCAGGGCAGCGGAGUGCUCAGCCUCCUGAAUUAAUGGCAGUGAAUGAUAACUCACUCCUCAUCUCCGUGUUCUGCCCCUUAGAGGCUGGUGAUUUUUUUUGGUUUUUUUUAAAUACAUUUUGUCCGAAAUUUCAGAAAGUAUUUUUGUAUUAGGCGUGGAACGGGUGUUGGGAGGUGGAAGGAAUGCCGUGGCCAAGGCUUCCGGCUCCUUUCCCAGAUUGACAUGGUUUGGGAUGUGACCUGGGCGAGGAAAGCUUUCGAGUGUUUUCCCCCUCCUGCCAUUGGAAGACCUUUGGGGUGUUGGGUGCACCACUGGAUUCGUGUAGAAAGGCAUCUCUGUCAUGCUCGCCCGUGGUGCAUUUUGGAAGCUGUGGUGGAUGCCCCGUUGGGUUUUCUGUUGUGCUGGUUGUGGGUGGUACUGGGGAGACAACAUCCGUGCCCUGCCAUCACCACCUUCCCCCUCCAGCUCGGAGCUGGAGCUGUCCUUGAGCCGCUCCAGUCCCGAUCUCGCCUGCCCGCCCCAAGGUUUUGCUGUCAUCCUGGAGUCUUUGUGAUGUAAUUUUAAAUCUCGUGAUAUUAACUCUCUGCCUGGAGGGAGAAUGUGUGCAAUUACCUGGUUGGGAGGUUGCUGAAAGGUUCUGUGUUUCUUAAAACAUGAAUAUUUAUAGCAUAAGGGGCUUGUCCAGCCUUUGGGCAACCAGCUCCUUCCCCCUGAACCAGUGGGAGUUUGACUGAGCUCCAGGUACUUGUAGUAGCGCGUUGCUCACCUUUGAGAUUGUUUUAAGCAGGCAUUACCAUGUCUGAUCAGAUAUUUGUAAUCACUCAAAUUAUUUCAUUACAGAGUGGCCUAGUGUGCAUGUGGACCAGCUGUUUUUCCAUGCAGCCAUGACCUGUUUUAUUUUUUAACCUUUUGAGAAAUAUCUUUAUCUCCAACCAGACUGUUCACCACUCUGAGUCUGGAGCCACCUGCACACUGCAUGGCCAUGCUCAAUCCGAAUGCUGUUGCCUGUUAAUGUCAUAAUGAGAAAGGUUGGGGAGACAGGGUUGGGAACCAAGAGGAUAAUCUGGAUUUUAGUUUGGGUACUAAAACUAGUCAAUCUGUUUUAACUUUAAAAAAAGAAAAAAAAAAAAAGAAAAAAAAAUAACAGCUUGCACCAAAGUCACCAAAGAACCUUUAGGAAAAUGUUACAGUUGUGACAAGAAGUAAGAAAGUUAAUUUCACUGUUUUAGGUGAUUCCCCCUUUAAAACCACAUAUAGCAGUUACAGCAACCAAGCCUUUGGCUUAGUGUCAAAAACUCCCAUCCCUUUCUCCAUAGGUUGCUCUUUCAGGUCCCUUUUCAAACCUGGAAGAGGUUUCUCGCUCCAUCUCUCGAACAGCCAGUGGACCGUGAUGAAUCAGCGGGCAUUGUGCGGGGUCCUGGUUCAUCGGUGCUCUCACGGCUUUCAUCCCAAUGGUUUUAACAGGUCAAUUAAAAAAAUAACCCACCAAACCCCACGUUAAAAGAACUCCACAUCCUGUUAUGGUGUGAAACCAGAAUUUAAUGAAUUGAGUUGAUGCGUACAUUAGCGCAUCGCUGACUGCUGCUGCCCGUCACAGUGCCUGAGGUAAAAAAAUUCACUUCUAGUCCAACAAACCAGAGCUAUGAAUGUACGAACUUUUUAUGCUCUCCUUCCUGUUUCUGUGUGUGCUCGGCAUCUCCCAUCCCUGCCCGCCUUUGCCUCAAGGGAUUGUAAAAGCUCCUGGGUUGGAAUUAGCGUGAGUGGCCGCAUGUGUUGUAAGUGCUCAUGCCUUCCCCAUGUUCCUGUAGCGUUGGUGAGGAAAUUACUCGUGAUUGGAAAGGGAUGUUUUCUUCACCGUUUUAAAAGAUGCAACAAAGGAUGCAAAAUUGCUUUCCUUAUUGCUGCCCAUUUUUUUAAAAAUCCCUUUAUCUUUUGUUAGUGAAUUGGCCUUCCAAUGCCGUUAGUUUGUUGUAAAUGUCACCCAGGAAUCCAGCGAUGGCCAACCUUGGUUCUGGCACGCAGGUAUCCCAUAGGAUCCGCUCAUGCAUUUACUCCCCUGGCACAGGAUGCACCUUAGUAUCCAAACCUGGCUCGGGAUCUUCACGUUCAUUGCUGAUCACUCGUGGGUAGAGCAGCGGCUCUGGGUUUCCAUUGCCACGGGAAGCACCAGUGUUGGGUUGGGGGAAGACGGCUCUCCAGGCGAUGGGAAGUGGAUGUUGGGCUGGAGGGCAGUAGGGAUGCACUUGGAGUGUAGCAAUGCAAGACUUGAACGGUGAGAUUCGGAAACGGGUUCCUUUGUAUUUUUGGCAGUGUGUCCUCAGCUUCCCAGAGCAGUGACCAUGUGGGCUGCUGGCGCCCAGGAGGGCCCGGCGAGAAGCUCCGGAAUGCUGAAUCCCUGAUGUGUUUUAAGUGUUCGUUCCUGACGCCCUGAAACUGCCAUGUCCCUUAAACUUGAGAAAACACAAGCUUAUUUGCACUAGAAAGAACGGCCAAAAACAAUCCUUAGGAGGACAGGGUGAAGAGCACCGGUCUGAACCUCUUUUUCUCAUGAGAGAAUUUCCUAUUCAAGCCCUCACCUCUGUUUCGAAAUUGUAUGGUCCCGGCAGAAAGUCUGUCAGUUGAAUUAUUAAAUCCUAAUGCACUUUAUAUUGUGUAAAUAAUGCUAGGAGCACAUUUCUGCUCCCGCUCCGGUAAGGGGAUGCUUUGGUAACGUAGUCUAAUGCCGAGAGAAGCCGUCUCCUGCAUGCACACGUUAGAGACCUGUUGAUCCUGCUCGGUCCAGCUCCACUCGUAUGUUAGAGGAGGACAGGUGCUGUAUUGAGGAUCCUCUCAAACCACCAAGAGUGGGAUGAUGAUUUGGUUUUUUACAUUGCAAUGUUGCAGAGCUGCUGAGCACCCUCAGCUCCGCCGUUGCAGCGGCUCCUCGCCCCUUCUGCAAACUGGGCCGCCCUUGUUGCUGUUGAGGCUUAAUGCCGAGCUUUGCUCUUGUAGUCUUGACAAAACCAAGUCCAGCAGCUGCCCCGUACCUGGCUUUCCCUGCUGCUGGCACCAAAGGCGAGGUGGUCCCUGCAAAUCUUAUCCCAGAUGGAAGGGGCUGGGGGGCUUCCCCUGCCUUGCAGCUGGGGGGACGUUGUGUUGGGUCCGGCCCACGGAGUCGGCUUUCCUGGUAAAGUACAGAGCUAUGGAAGGGUUGGGAAGCAUUUUGCACUGGUGUGGAGAGGGCAGAACCCUCCCCCGUGGGCUCCCUGCAUGCAGCCUGGAUGGACGGUGGACUUUACCCAGCGAGAAGCUGCAGUGGUUAUUGGUAUCUACUCGUCGUCGUGUUUAUCUGUAUCCGAUAUAUACUGAUUCAUAUCCACGUAUAGGCAUUACUAUAUUUAUGUGAGUAUAUUGUAGCCUGUAGUAGCUCGUAGCGAAAUAACCUUAUUUAUCUGAAGUGCAGUCUGAGGAGGGGACGUCUGCUCCCGCCACCGGUCUGGAUAAACGUGUUAUUCCACCCAGGGCUGGGCGCGAGCUCCUGGCCGCAGCCCUCGGAAGAAUCCUGUAGGUUUUCAGCGGGGCUGCGAGGGGAAGUGUUGUUAAAAGAAGGCAAAGCUCUUCUUUGGAGGCGUCAUUGAGGAGAGGUGAGAGCUGUAAAGAGGCAGCUGCCGGCCACGUCAUGUCUGUGUGCCAUUUUACAACCCCUGGCUCUGCAAAUCUGUACUGCCAUGUUCAUAAAAUCCCAAGCAGAAGUAUUAUAAUCACGUCCUUUGUACAAAAAAGAACCCCCGAGCAAUUACCAAAAUCAAUGUCAGCACUUUUGUUUUUCAGCUACAGAUGUCCUAGUCUGAUAAUUGCAUCAUUUUUUUUCCCCUAUGGCCUAUUGAAGUGACCUAAACUCCCAGGGAAGUGAGCUGCUGGUGAUUAGGAAGCCUUCUGCUUGUGUGACUUGCAGUCCUGUUUUCCAAUUCUAGUAAUUUUUAUAGUAGAAAGGAGUUUAUUAUUGUGUAUUUUCACUGGGCAGAUUUUGCACCAGGUCAAAAAUUAUAAGCCUUUUCAGUUUCAUGGCAUUUCCACUUUUGCUGUACAUACGCUAGAUAUAUGCGAUUUAUUAAAGAAUUCCUGAAGAAAAUUAGAUCUUCUGUUUAAGUUUCUAUGCUGCUUACUCCAAAAUUAAGUUGCCCUUUAUUUUUAAUGAUUUAACAUGAUGUGAUGUCUAAAAUUCAC